GUCUGUCAACUGAAAAUCUGCGUUGGUGAAACUGCGAAGAAAAAGAUUAGUGGAUAUCUACGCUAAUAUCUACGCUACGAUAGCACUGUAAAGCCUUCCAACAGCAUGGGAAAUGGUCCAUCACAAGAUUAUGAACCAGACCUUAAUGAUGACAUAAAUAUCAACGAAGCAGCUGAAGAGUUUUUGACAACAAACCUAAAUGAGGAAUCUGAUGAUCCAAUAAAAAAGAACAUGCAAGCUAAGGCAGUAUAUCUCCAUCACUUUGGACAAAGGCAACAUCUUGAACAGAAUCGUAAGAAACCUAACAGUUUGUCAAAUGAACUUGACUCAGUGGAUGACAAUGACUAUAACAAUGAUGUUAAAGAUGAUCGUAACAUAAUUACAGAUAAAGAAGCAAAAUCUACAAUUGAUAGGGAACUCAACAAUCAACUCUGCAUGAAAGUACCACAAAAAGAUGUCACCAAGAAUGACAACCUCAUUGUUGUUGAGAAGAAUAAAUCCAAUGCCAGAAAUAUCUAUGAAGUCGAUGCUAAUAACAAUGCAGUCAAUCUUUUAUCAAUGGAUGCAUGUGAGGCUAAUGGGAAGUUAUCUAAUCACAACAAGGGACCUGUCAACAUGAAUGAACUAAACAGAUGUAAGGCAGAUGGUGUGCCACUCAAUCGUAACAUUGGUUGGACAUUUGUCUCUAAAAAUCAGGAUGAUGAUAACAAUGAUGCUGAUGAUAUUGAUUGGUAUCCAAAUGACUUGUCAAAAACAGAACUUGGGCUUAUGAGAAAAUGUCAAAUUGCGAGAAAAAAUGCCACUAAGGAAGAAAUUAUCAGCAAUAAUGAGGGAUUGAAGAUGACAGGUCAAAAGUAUCCUGAUUUGGAACACAAGGCAUGUUCCCAAAGAGACACUAACAAAGGAAGCGUAAAAAGUCUGGAUUCUCACUGCAACAUAGACCAUAGCUAUGACAGCAAUAUAGGUACUGAAUGCAGUAGAGGUAACACAAUGAAGCAAAAUGGAACAAGCAAAUCAAACAACAAAGUAGAUAAAAUACAGUUAAAAGAUGCCAAAAACAAAUCUUUGAAAGAUCGCACAAUAGUUGAAGCUAAAGAGGAAGCAGAUCAAGCUAAAUCAGAGAGAAAGAGACAAGACAAGUGUAUCAAAGUAUCAAGCAAUACUAAACGUGUUGAUGUAACAAACACCAACAGACCUGGAAAUGCUACUGAUGGAAGUAAUACUGUGUUUACAGGAACAACUCCAAAAAUGGCAGCUAAAAUAAAAUGUGCAUCACCAAAGGUUGCUGCACUGUCACCAACUAAAAUGACAAAAGAGCUUUGCAGUCCACUAGCAGCUCCACCAGGGUUAUAUAAAUCACUAACUGCUUCUGAACCACCAGGAAUUUAUAAACCACUAGGAACAUCUCCGGCACAAAGCUUACCACCUCCACCUGGUCUUAGUUUCGAACCAAAUGAUACCAACUCGGCAUUUAUGAGAGAGGCACGGCAUCCAUCUUCAAGACAGUCAUCUGUUGAUUUGAACAUGAAUAUACCAGCUAUUCCUAUACCAACUCUAUUACCAAUGACUGAGUCUCAAUCCUUACAAGAACAAAGCAAGCAAAAACAGAAGCCUGUACAAUCUUUCAGUUCUGGUGGGGUUAUUGGUCCAACAUCAAUAUCAAACAAUCAACUUCAUCCUCUUCUAAUGACACUGCCAGAUGGAGCAAGUACAGUUGAUUCUCUCAAAGUGAGAUCCAGUAAAACUGAUGAGCCAUUUCAUUUGUCCAAUACAGAGACAAUGUUGGAACAAGAUAGGGUUGAUUUACAACAAGAUCAUAAUAACAUCAUUUUAAACAAUGUGGGGGAGUUAGGAACAUCUAUUACCAAGUCCUCAUUAGACACAUGUGUUAAAACACCAGAAGUUAACACAUGGUCUGAACCUGUUGCAACAAUGUUUUUUGACAAAAACAACAAUGGGCCAAUACAUAAAUCUAACAUGCAGGAACAGCAAUUCGAAGGUAAAGUCAAAAGGAGUCUCAAUUUUGCUUCUGAAAAAGAUGAAUCUGUUAUUCCUAGCAAACCUAUUGAUCAAAAGAAAACAAAUGGACAAGAUAAUGACCAACUUAUUGAGAAGAUGACCAAAUAUAUUGAAACAGAUAAGGAGGAGCUAGAAGAAAGCAUGAUUGUUGAUGCUACCAAAGUUGAUGCAAAACAAGACAAAGUCAAUGUUACCUCAAUAGAAAUAUUAGAAACUCAUAAGAGCUUAUCAAAAGGUUCAAACAAAAAGAAGAAUAAAAAAUCCAGAAAGUGUUUAACAUCUGAAGAAACAAAAACUAAAGAAGGAAUGAAGGGACUGCUUACAACUGAUUCUAGCAGUUUAGAUGAAUGGCCUGAACUGCCUAAACCAACACCAACAAAGCUGGUGGAGAUGCCAGAAAAUAAAAGUAAACUUUUGGGUCUAAAAAGCAUUGCAAAUGAUAUGCUUCAAGGAUUGCCAUCUGCAUCUUAUAGGGAGAUUGAAGAUGACUUCAUGUCAGUCCAUGUUACAACUCAAGCUGUGGAAACAAUUUGGACCAUCACAACAACCACAGUAUCUACCAUGAAAUGUAGCCCAACAGUAACAAAUAACCAAACUAGCACAAAGGUUGCAAUGAAUAGAACAACCAUCAAUGAUCUUAAUAAAGUCAAUGGAAGUAUUAAUUUUGUACAUUGCAGAAAUAACAUGCCUGUAACAUCUAUGGCAAAAAUUAAAAGCAAAACAACAGUCGUGUCAUCAAAUGCUUGCAAAAUAGAUCCAAAAAUUGUUCCAGUGCCAAGGGCAGAGAAAACUCAAGUAUCCAAAACGUAUAUCCCACCUUUAUGUGCUCCAAAUAUUGUGAACCAAACAGCAACAACUGGCAUAUCAUCAGUUGUAGGCGAAAAAUUACAUUUGUCAGUAAGAAAUCCAGGUACUCUAUCAGCUGGACCAAGGUUCCCCCCACCUCAAAAGUCUGGAAUUCCAGCUGAUGUCAAAGCCCAAGAUGAACCAAAGCAAGAAGAACCUGUGAAGACUGUCACUAAAACAGUAAAGCAGAAGGAAAAUCUCAACAAAGAUGAAACAGAGAAAUGUUUGGCUGAAGAAGUUUACAAGUUUGUUCAAGAUAACGGAGGAAAUGUUGCAGUAGGUGCAAUCUCAAGUGAUAAAAAUAUCAAAACAUCAAAGACUGCAUUCGAAAAGAAGUUUAAAGUCAAACUGAAAUGGAUCAAUUUUCUUGAACGCUUUGAAGAUAAGUUUACAGUUGCGAGUAACAAGGUGAUUGCAAAGAGCAAGAAAUCAGAUGUGAAGGGAAAAGGUACCCCAACGAAGUCUAAGAAAAACAAUGAGAACGUAGACAGCAGUUUAACAUCUGUUUUUAAUUCUAAUGAUCCUUCUGGAUUAGGCACAACUAAGGUUGAGGUAAAUAAGAAGAAUAAAUCUGCAUCCAACAAAACAACUUCUCUCAAGUUGGUCAACCCUGUGAUUUUAGAAACAAGGAAAGAUCAACUUCUGAAUUGUGUUACAGCUCUGGAAGAAGUUAACAAAUCACUGAAUGUCUGUAUUGAUCAGUUUAUAGAGUGCAAGCUACCCAAUGAAUACAAGAUCCAGCAAAUGAAGUACUUCAUGUUCAUGACUGAUAUGAUGACUAGCAUUGUAGAGGCAGACUUACAUUGCACAAACAUUUACAUCAUCAGCUGCAUGUUGGUGUUUGUCAGUGCCAAUUUCUACAGAAAACUAGUCCUGAGUAAAGUAAAAUGUGCGUGCCCUAUUCCAAGGGAAAUUUUAGAUGAUGUGUUUAAGACAAGCAGUGGAUCUUGGCAGGACAACAUAAUUGAGGAGGUUUCAUUUACAGAAAUUGAGUUCAAGAAGACAAAAUUGAAGAUCUUAAAAAGAUCAGUCAAGCUUACCAGAGAAUUGCUGCAAGACACACACAAGAAUUUACUAAGAGUUUGCAAAAUGGUGCAAAACAAUGACUCCUUUGUUGACAUCAUCAUAGAUAUCAUGAAAUACAUUGGACAUCUGAGUGCAGAACAUGAAUAUCAGAUUAAUACUUUGAUCGCACUUGUAGAAAUGUUCAUGAAAUAUGCUUGGACAUGGAAUACUCUCGACCAAGAGGAGCUUCAGACACUAAAGACAGCAGUACUUGAUCUAUGUUGGGACUUCAUGGUGACUGUUCAAGAAAGAGUAAAAGCGAAAUGCAAAGAAUUGCAUGCUCCACAUUUUUAUUGCAGGUUCUGUCAUAUUAUCAAGGGAUCACUUUUUAAACCAAAGCCUAAAUGGGCAAUAGAUGCUUUAAAAAUAACCGAGAAUCUAUUUGAGAACAAUGCAAAGUCAAAAACUACUAUGGAAGAGGAAAAUCUUUUACCCCCUGCGAUGGAUAAUAUUGUCAACAUUGGAAUGAAAAAGAUGGAAAAAGUCUUGAAAAAGCAUAAGGCUAAAAAAGAAACAGCAAAGGUGAAUGAUGAAAAACGCAAGUCCAGUAAGUGUGAUGAUAUAGAUAAAGAAUCUUGUGAAUCAGCAUCAUCAGAAAACAGCAAUGCUGAUGAUAAUACAUUUGAACAAACAGAACAAAUACCAUCCCAGGCAAAAACACUAACCCCUGCAGUGACAACUGUCUAUUCAACAACAGGAAGAAAAAUAAAUGUGAAGCCUUUCACAGCAAGUAAAACUACACCUAAAGCAAAUCAGGCUGCAAGUGAUAAGCCAAUGACUUCAAUUACAACAAUUACCAAAACCAAGAAGAAAGCAUGUGCCACUAUUGAUGUCAAGAAGAUGCCAGCAGCUGGUCAAACGGCCAUUGAAUCAAAUAAAAGCAAUUUCUCAAAACAAGGUGGAAACACCCUGCUUACUUAUAAAGAUGAAACUGUGAAGACUCCCAUUGAAAGACAAAAGAAACCACCUGUUGACAAUAAAACCAAGCCAAACAUUACCAAAACUGGAACAACCAGUCAAACAAUAGCAAUUGUUAAGACCAAUAGUGCAAAAACCAAAUCUGCCAAUAAAUCUGGUAGCAAAACUGACAUAGCUUCAAAUAUUUGUACUGAAGAAGAUACUAGAAGAGACUUGCAUAUCAAAAACAAAAAACUAAAUGCAAACAGCCCUAUUGCUAGUAAAAUACCAACUUGCAAAGCUCCAUUGAAAAAUGAAGCUAAAACAAAUGCAGCUGCAAACCAAACUGUGCAAAUUAACAGUGAUAAAACAACUGUGGAAGAAAAUUGUACAGCAAGUACAGUAAAUGAUAUUGCAAAAUUUAGAAAACGUUUGAAAGCAAUAAUUGAGAAAGAACCUGAUGUGCCAACACAAGAUGGAGUGGAAUUCAGAAAGGUGGUUACCUCUGAGUUAUUGGACACCUUGGACAAUGUAUCGACUGGGAGCACUGAAUCUUCAGGAAGUGCCGAUUCAAAUGGACCUGUGUCCAGAUUGAGAAAAAUGCUAAACAAAUUAAAACCAGCAAAAAAGAACUCCAAGGUUAACAAAGGUUCCCCUUCCAAACAAACAGAGUUCACAUUUGAUAUGAAACCUUUUGAUGAUUCACCAUCUAAGAUUAGCCAAAAAUCAAACAAUGUGUUUGUAUUCAAAGGAAAUGACUCUUCUACUUCUCUUGCCAAAUCUUCAAUCAAAAAGGGUAACAAAGUUAGCUGCCCUCCUGACCAUGAAACACCUAUAGUAGACUUUACAACAGUUAGCACAUCGACACAAACCUCUGAAGCAACAGACACUAAGGACACAAGCUCUCAAUAUGACAUCCAGGCUCUGAGGUCAAGCAGUACACAGACCCAACACAGGAACAUCUACAGGCACAUGGUGACUCAAACCCACAACAAGUUGAAUCUAAAGGACACCAGCUGUCAGGCAACAACUAAGGCCAAAGACAAAGGGAUCCAGAUGAUGUAUACAAUGAGGGAUGCAUCACAGCAGGCAAAUGCUAGUCUUCCUGAAUUGGUACAUCAAAUGAGCCAAACCACCCUCAAGACCAAAGCCAAACAGGUUCAGGUCAAGAUUCAUCCUCACAUGAGACAUUGUUCAGUGGGCACAGACCCUGUUACCCCAACACAUGAGAAAGCCUUGACUUGUACUCAAGGGGUGCAGUGCUGCGUAUCCAUGUCUGAUGGAGCCAGCCAGGUACAACUAACUGCUACAGUGUGCGAGGGGGUACAGACAAGUACCAACAGGGGGGAUAUGGGAGUCCAAGCUGUGGCUGACACUGUAAAGUACAGGGACAAACAGGUGCAGGUUUGUGAUGAGUCCCACAUGAACCAGCAGGCUGCACGUGUGAACCCUGACCUAAAACAAACGACUUACAUGGACAUAAGCAGGCAACCAACAGCUCCUAGGGAGUGUGGGGACAGUCCUAUGGUACACAUACCACACAGCAGUAGUCAGAAUCUCAAACAUAUGACUUAUCCCUGGAGUCAGCCAACCAUGGAGGACAUGAUUACAGUGGAACACUUGAAGGAAAAUAUAUUGAAACUUUGUGAUGUAAAACAUCUACCUGUUGUUACAGUAACAACUGAUGUCAUAAUGGGUGUAUGUAACGCCAUUGUGUGGUUGUCUGGGAAGCCAAUCAGUCAGCAUAUAGGAGCUAAUGUGGAAUCAGCCAAAAUUGCAGUUUUACAGGACACUUUACAAUGGAUGCAUGAUGUCUUUGGUAGUGACUAUUAGAAGGCGCAGAUGUUGAGAUUCUAUCUGAAAUUAGUUUCCUUUAAACUUUAAAACCAUCAGGCCAUUUUUCUGAAAUAUUACUAUAUUUGUCAUUUGGUGAGUGUUUUAAUUUGGUGAAUUUGGCAAAUCAAAAAAUCGUCAAAUUAAAUAUUCGCCAAAAUUGCCAGGAAUUUGACAUGUUUUUCUUUGGGUGCACUUUCGGUAAUAAGAAAUAUACCAAUAUGGUCGGGGCUGUUUAGAUUUAGAAAUAUUCCAAGAUAUUGUUAUUCAACAACACUGACAAUGAGUAUCUUGAAAUUAUGAGAUUUAUCUCCUUUAAAAACUGCCAAAAUGAAUAGAUGCCCGAUAUGUCUUGAUAUCCCAAAAUUACCAAUUUAAAUUGCUGCAAAUUAAAGAUGAAUUAUAAAAUUUAUCUUUCAUUUUCAAUGUUACCAUUGCCGAUGGGCUUUCAACUAGAAGGGUAGCCAACUUCCCACAUUUCAUACAUAAGCAUUGCCUUUGUAUUUUCAAAAUUGGAGAAUGAACA